AUGAAAGGAAAAGUGACAGUACAUUUUGGUAAUGUUGGAGUGGUUGUUCCGUGCUAUGAUUAUAUGACUGUUAAUGAUCUCAUUAAAGCAUCUAUUUUGCGAUACAAAAAAGCUACCGGACGACCAUCAGAACAUGAUGUAUUUGUUCAUCAUGUUGAGUGUUUACGAGAUGGUGGUAUUCUGGAUCCCGAUGACCAGCUUUUUGAUGUUUUUGAUGAGAAUAAUGAUCAGAUGCUAGCGAUCUACGACGAACCAGGCUUUGCUGUAGUGGAUUCGACUCCAUCAAGUACCUCUCGAUUUGCCAUUAACGGAACAAUAUCUUCAAGUUCUUCGUCGGCGACCGGAAAAACAGCUACAUCAACAGAAAGUCCUAUAGAUAGUAAAUUAAACAUCAUUUCAAGUUGUAGCGACGGUGAUAUUGUUGAAAUAACAAAUAUUGCUUUACCACCGACUGAUGGUUUGCGAGUGAUCUCGGAUAAUGCCCACAUAUUACAACAAAAGCCGUCCUCAUCCUCAAUUAUAGCGGAUUCUGGAUCUGUUUCUCCGCUCUCUUUCCCGUUGACACAUUUCGGUAGGAAAUGCAAUGAUAUGUCGAACACGUGUCGUAUCUAUCAUUCCGCUCUGAAAAAUGUUAACAGGUCACCGAAAAGUAAAUAUCGGGUUACUAUAUCUCCAGAUGUUGAUUGUCAACGAUCUCAGGAAUUGUCCACUUCAACGAAGGAGUCAAUGAUGACUCGAACGUCCGCCAGAAAAUCGCGUCUCACUGACAAUUUUUUUGAUGCUAAAGAACGAUUGGAAGAAAAAUUAACAAGUGGUAUCAAGAGUCAUAUAAUAAAAGGAGAUAUGAGAAUUCCAAAAUUAAUACCACUAAUGGAAGCAGCAAAUCGAGGACAAACGGUGGUUAUACUUUCAGAUACUACUAUUAAUAUGCAAUUGGGUAUUGAGAUUUCACCCGUACAUGAUCCGGCAAACAAUAUGCGCUUGCAAGCUGUAGAGAUUCGGCAAAUUAACGAUGAAGGUCGAGUUGGCAGCGAUGGACGUCUUCGGAUUGGUGACCGCAUUGUGGAAAUUAAUCAGCGUCCUGUUUAUCAGAUGUCGAUCUCAAGAGCGCGUGCCUACUUACACGAAAUACAAGCAAUUGCUCACCCAAGUUUGACAAUCGAUCGCUCCAUAGAAACAUUUGCAAGCGAUACAAUUUCUCAUCGUAGUCAGUCAUCAACGAGCAGUUUACAGAAGCGGCCAAUACUUUCUGCAUUGCAACAAGCUAAUACAACGGCUCUUGGGAUAACAUUUCCAGUUGAAAUUGUUAAAAGAAGUGGCGGAUUUGGUUUUACCAUAACAAGUCGCGAAACUGCUAAAGGUGGACGACUAUUUUAUAUUGGAACUGUGAAAGCAGAUGGUGCUGCAGUAAAUAAAUUAAGAGCUGGUGAUAGGUUACUGCAGAUUAAUGGGAAGAAAACAACUGAACUUACCCAAAAUGAUAUGGUCGAACGUCUCAAAAAACUGAAUGUUGGUGAUUCAAUAAAUUUAUUGGUUUCACGACUCGGAAACCAAGAAAACGAAAAUCAGAGUCCAACAGUAGUGAAAAGUAAUCAUGAAGAUAGAGAAUGCUGUUAUCAGAAAGGAGCGAAUGAAGGGACCGAGCGGUAUGGAGAAGAGAUUUUGAUGCUGAAAAUUGCCUUGAAUGAAACAGGAAGUGCUGGAUUGGGUAUAAGCUUAAAAGCAAGAGCCAUUAUGAAGCCUGAUGGUACUCGUCAUGAUUGCGGAAUAUUCAUCAAAAAGGUUUUGCAUGGUGGUGCUGCAUAUAAAGAUGGAAGAUUACAACUGAAUGAUCAGUUGAUUGGUAUCGAAGAUAUUGAUUUGAGACGAAUGACAAGGAAUUCAGAGGCUAGCGAUGCUAUAACUAGAUGUUUGAAAAACUUAGGACCGAGCGCAAGUAGUGUGUGUUUACAUGUUGCAAGGAAGAUUGAAUUACGCCGCAGCAAUGAUUUACCAAGUAUAAAAAAUUCAAUAGGUGAAUGCUUGAUUCCAGAUUGUGAGAGUUCUGAAGCACAUGAAAGACCGUUAACAAAAUCCAGAGAUGGUGAUAAUGCGAUCGUAAAGAAAGAAGAAACGUUAAACAGUUAUAAUACAGAUGUGUCAAGAAGUCGACCCAGUAGUUCGGAGGAGCGCUCUUUAAAUGCAAAUGAAGAUUUUGAUUCCACCUCAAGCGGUAGGCAGAAGUGUAUAUCAGAAGAUGAAAUGAACCGUACCGGUGGUAGUGCUUUUAGCCGAAAAAAUCCUGCGAGGAGCCUGGAGAUUAACUUUAUAUAUAUGGCAUCAGAAGAAAAAGAGGAGCUUGGGGUAUAG